UGGGCCCAUCAGGCGACUUCUUGGGCGAUACGAAAUCACAGGUGACGUAGACGAUGACGAUGAAAUGUUCCAGCUUCCGAGCAAGGAAGCUGCCGUGGUUGCUCCCGAUCAGCCUUAUCCUACUCUGGCGAGAGGACUAUAAUUCAUUCUGAGUUUCAGGCUUUCAGCACAGAGCAGACCGGACCAGGCACACAUUCUGAGUUUCUGACAGUGGAGUGGAGGAUGUCUCCGUUUAUGGCCCUCGUCGCCGGCUUCGCCGUGCUCCUCGCUUUUGUCCACGUCAUAAUCACCAAGGUUCGAAGCAGGAGCAGCAGCAAGCUCCCGCCCUCGCCGCCGUCGCUGCCGCUGCUGGGCCACCUGCACCUCCUGGGCCGCCUCCCGCACCGCUCCCUGCGCGAGCUCCAAGCCCGGUACGGCAGCGGCGGCGGCCUCUUACUCCUGCAGCUCGGGCGCCGGCGGACGCUGGUCGUGUCCACGGCGGCGGCGGCGGCCGACCUGUACAAGAACCAUGACCUCGCGUUCGCGUCCCGCCCGCCCAACGCGGCCAUGGACAGGCUGACCUACGGCUCCAACAACGUCUCCUUCGCGCCCUACGGCGACCGCUGGCGCCGGGGCAAGAAGAUGGCCGUCGUCCACCUCCUCUCCCCGCGCCGCGCCGACUCCUUCGCCCCCGUGCGGGCCGCCGAGGUGUCCGCCCUUGUCGCCGAGAUUCGCCGCGCGGCGGAGGCCGGGGAGCCUGUGGAGCUGAGGGAGCACUUGUACGGGUACGGCAACGCCGUGGUGACCCGCGCGGCCACGGGCGCCGCGGGGGCCACGGCGGAGAGGCUGAAGCAGCUGAUGGGGAACUCGGCGGCGCUCAUGGCGGGGCUCCAGGCGGAGGACUUGCUGCCGGACGCGGCGGCGAAGGUGGUCAGGUGGGCGACGGGGCUCGAGAAGAAGCUCGACGCCGAGGUCGCGGCGUGGGACGAGUUUUUGUCGGAGAUAGUGGCCGAGCACAUGGAGAAGAAGAAGCGAGGCGACGCCGCGGAUGCUGCUGCAGGGGAGGAGGAGGAGGACUUCUUGGACGUCCUGCUGCGGCUGAGAGAAGAAGGCGCCGCCGGGUUCGAGCUUACCGACGAUCGCGUCAAAGCCAUUGUCAAGGACAUGAUAGCCGCCGGAACAGAGACGUCAUCCAUCUCGUUGGAAUGGGCCAUGGCCGAGCUCGUCGGGAACCCACGGGCAAUGGCCAAGCUUCAGGACGAAGUCGCGCGAGUCACGGACGGCAAGCCGGCCGUCGAGGAAGGCGAUCUGAGCAAGAUGGAGUAUCUCAAGGCGGUGGCGAAGGAGGUGUUCCGGCUCCACCCGCCGGCGCCGCUCCUCGUCCCGCACGAGUCGACGGUGGCGGCGGCCGUCCAGGGGUACGAGAUCCCGCCCAAGACGGCGCUCUUCGUCAACGCGUGGGCGAUCGGGAGGGACCCCGCGGCGUGGGGCGAGGCCCCGGAGGAGUUCCGUCCGGAGCGGUUCUUGGCCAUGGGCGGCACGCGGGUGGACGUGAGGGGGAACGACUACCAGCUCAUCCCGUUCGGCGCCGGCCGGAGGAUCUGCCCCGGGAUUAGCUUCGCGCUGCCGGCGAUGGAGAUCGCGCUCGCCAGCCUCGUGCGACACUUCGACUGGGAGAUCCCGGCCGGGACGCGCGCGGCGGCGGAGGGUCUGGACAUGAUCGAGGAGCCGGGGCUGACCACGCCGCCGCUAGUUCCGCUGCGCCUUGUUGUCUCCGAGCGCAAGAACUUUGCUUAGGCACCAGUAGUAGUAGCAGUGACUACUGUUACUGACCAGUGAGUGAGCCUGGCAGUGAAGUCUCCCACGGACAUGAACGGCUAGCGAGCGACCCGCGGCAGGCCGUGCCUACGGGGACAGGGACGUACACGUACGUACAUACAACGAGUAAGGUACUCUCAUGCUCCUCGUCGUGAGAUGGGCACGGACAGCUAUCCGUGAGCCACUCCUCUUCCUUUAAGCUUCAGAGAUAAAUGCCGACUGCAGUCUUUUGCGUUAAUUAAGGUGCUCUCAUGCUCCUCGUCGUGAGAUCGGGAAUGCGGACUGCAGGCUUGAUAUUGGGUUUCUCCCGAAAUAAUUAUAAAGUCCAUUCUCUUUAUUUAUUUAUUUUUGAAACAGUUGGCUCACCGCACCUAUUUCCAGUAAAGAAACUGCAAUACCAAAAUCGUACACCAUCCUCUGUAUAUUAGAAUAAGUAUUGUACAAAUCUGGCCGAGCAACAUAUACCUCAACUGAGAAGAAUAGUAUGCUUGGGUGGCCAGCAAGCAGUUCCCUAGAAUUCGAUUCUGAAAGUCGCACUUUGAUGUCUUAUUUUGUAAAAAUUAUAUGUUUAUAUAUACCAUCAGACUGCAAUCGUGCAA